AUGAGCUUUGCCAGAUCCCUAUACUCCCGACCUUUUCUCCGAAGCUUAGUAACCAUGAGCGGGAAACCAGCCUGCACAGAUAACUCUACAACAGCGGCUCAAAAGGCAACUUUUGCUGCCGGCUGCUUCUGGGGCGUCGAGAAAAUGUUUCGGGAAAGCUUCACAUCGCGCGGCUUGGUCGAAGCACGCGUGGGCUACACUGGUGGCCUAUCUUCCAACCCCUUAUACCGUGCUGUCUGCUCUGGUCAAACGGGUCAUUCUGAGGCGCUUCAGGUAACCUUUGAUCCGCAGAAAGUCUCUUACCGACAACUUGUCGAGUUUUUUUACCAAAUGCACGAUCCGACGACCUUUCAUCGUCAAGGUGCGGACCAGGGCUCGCAAUAUCGUUCGGCCAUCUUCUAUCACAACCAAGAGCAGGAGCAGGUGGCUCGUCAAGUCACCCAGAAAGUCAACGAGCAAUGGUGGAAGAACAAAGUGACUACAGAAAUUGCCCCGGCUGGCGAAUGGUGGGACGCCGAACAAUAUCAUCAACAAUACUUGAGUAAUAAUCCUCGCGGAUAUGAAUGUCCCAAUCACGUCCUACGUGAAUUUCCGCCUCUACUAUAG